AUGAUUUGGGCGUUGAAACCGUCAGCAGAGGUGUUGGAUGAGCUGAUCGUUGAUGAACUGGAGAAGUUCAACACAUUCGACAUAUCGACGAAAUGUAAUCAAAAACGACCGUUCAGCGAUAUUCCUCUCAUUCAAAAACUUCCCUUCACGGCUUAUAUUCAUCGUUCACCCACUAAAUUCGUCGAGCUUUCACUGAUUUGGGAUACGGACAAGAUAGCUGAAUCGAAACGGAUGUGGCUAAUGUUAUGGUUUGAGCUGAUGUUCGAAAGUCCUGCACGAGUCGGUGAUAAGGUUCUAUCCUAUGAAGAAGUAUCAAAAUUGUUCACCAAAGAUCUCAUCAAACAAUCCAUUCAAAUCGGAGUUUCAUGUUACUAUAAUCGAUUUGUUACGCUUAAAAUGAAGGUGUCAUCGGACAAGUAUCUGAUGUUAGAGAAAUGGGCAAAAAUCUUUAUGGAUGGCCUGAUGUUUGAUAGUAGUCGAAUAGCUGUAUCAGCCACUAAACUGGCCGCCAAUGCGGUCGAAGUGAAACGUGACGGGUCGAGUGUUUGUGCGACUUUGCUGGCGUCAACCCUCUACAAAUCAAAGAGUAAUGCGCAUAUUUACGGCACCAUUCAACUGGAGAAAUUCCACGAAGAAAUAGCGAAGAAAGCGAUGAGCGAUCCCGAUUGGGUAGUGAAACAGCUGGAAGAAUUACGCACACUGAUGCUGUCGGUACCAGUGAAUAUGCAUUUGGUUUGUAAUGACUCGUUGAUCGAUAGAACUGCGAUUGAUUGCGAGCAGUGGUCAUUCUUAAAUGGAAAGUGUGGUGAUCAUCGAAAGGAAUUGUUCAUC